AUGAUUUCAGUCAAAUUUGUCCUUAUCCUGUUCAUAAUGAUGCUUAUGUCCUUUCCCUUCAUUCCCUUCCUCAUGCACAAAUGGUCCCUAAAUCGUAAUAACGUCUUUUUCGCCCUUCUCAUCAUACUGAUGACAAUUCCGUUCUCCAUAAUUGCCUCGUACUCGUACGAAAGAAUAAACAACGAAGAUUUGUAUGACUCGCAUGAUGAUUGA